CGUUGUGAUGCCAAUAAAACGCGGCCGUUUCGUGCCCAUUAUCAUGACAGCGUUUUGGAGUUUUAGCUGGUUACUUAUCGCACAACGCGUGUGCUGUAUACUUAUUGCCAUAUACUAUCCCAUUAAAUUAAGUGUGCACUCCAAUUAAGCAGGGAUGGGCCGGUGGGCCGCUAAUUACAAUGUCGAACACCUAUAUAUACACCAUGUCCAGAAUGUUAAAGCGUCCUAGACACAAUACCAAGCGUGUAUUAUGCCGUGCCGGUAUCAUGUUGCGCUGGAUGGUUUUGGUAUGGUCCACACUGCCACUGGUCAGCAUGGAGACGCUGCUGGCGUGUUUUAUGUCGGAAGGCGGUAGUGAUGAUCUGUUUUAUAAUUAUCAGCGGUCCGCCGCGGCCGUGGAGUUGGCGCUGGAGUAUACGAAUCAGGUUCUGCUGCCGGGAAAUAUCACUAUACAGCGGCUGCACGUGGAUCUGGGUCCCACAUGCCCCGAUAAAGUGCAUGUGGUCAGUUAUGCCAUGCAGCUGAUGGAGAGCGGUAUCAAGUGCGAUGUCUAUGUUGGACCGGGAUGCAGUGCCGCAGCGGAAGCAUUAUACGAUAUUGCCACCUACUAUAAAACUUUAAUCAUCGGCAUGCCAGCCGGUGGAGUGGGGACGCUGGCACCGAAAAAAGACUACUCGUAUCUGACACGUAUAUCCCUGACACAUGUCAACACCGCACAAGUCCUUCUCCGGUUUCUCCGCUGGCGCAACUACACCGACAUCACCAUUAUUCAGGAUACGGCGACCAAUUUUUACCAGCAAAUGGGCAUGGUCUUCCAGAUUAUUUACGAUUCCGACGCCAUGGACUUAGCCGUUACCACUAAAUGGCGGAUGAUUAAUUCCAGUAAUGUGGACGAGGUUGGCACGAAACAGUUUCUGGAGGAGAAUCAGAACCGCUCCAGAGUGUUUCUCUUAUUGAUGCCAUCGGCGGCACUCCGAAAACACAUGAUAUGGGCGGAUAAGCUGGGAAUGACUAAUGGGGAAUAUGUAUACGUCGGAGUUAACAUAUUCCCGAGCCGGAUUUGGGGAAACUUCUCAUCCGAAGUCGGCGGCAAAAACGACGAGGUGGCGAAGAAUGCUUAUCGAUCGCUGUUAAUGGUUGGCUUAUCUCUCACUUCCGGCGGCUCUUACGAAAUGUUUUCUUCCGCUGUCAAAAAAUUAUCCACCACAGUGUACAAUUAUACAUACAAACCGGAGGAUGAGGUGAACAUCGUAACCAGCCAUUUCUACGACUCAGUUAUCUAUUAUGGAUCACUCAUUCGUGAUGCGGUUAAUGCCGGGAAUGAUUACCGUGUCACCGAAAACCUUAUUGCACUGUAUCAGGAUGGAAAUUAUUCCUUCCAGAGCCCGGUGAACGAUCUGGUCCAUAUUAACCAAAUCGGCGACCGGCAAAGUGCCUACAAAAUCCAAACUUACGAUUACCUACGUGGUGACUUUGAUGAUUUUGUGACGGUCACACCCAACUUUGACUUCGUUAUCCGCGGUGAGAUUUUCUGGCCCUCGGGCAACGCAUCCCUCCCGGACAACACCCCAACAUGCGGCUUCAAGGGCAAUAAUCCAGCCUGCAUCAAGCCCGUACCCCCCGCUACUAUCGCCGUUAGUGUGGUGAUUCCUCUGGCUGUCAUUCUCGCGGGAGUGAUUGUGGGAAUUGUCCGCUUUCGCAAAUAUGUGGAACGGAAUUCCGAUCCAUUCUGGUGGCGGAUAUUUGUUACGGAGCUGUCGAUUCAGGGAAAUACGACCAAGUCUAUGGCCGGAAGUCAGGUGGCCUCCACAAUCAAAAGCCACGUAUCCAUGGUGGACAAGCAAUCGGUGAAACAGGAUGACGACGCGACGACAUAUGUCAAAGCCGUAUCAACACCUGGAGCACCCAUUCGUGCUAUUUACAACGGAAAUGUCGUCCAGCUGAAACAGCUGCCGGAACCGCGGCUAAGAGUUACUCCCGUUCUAGGCAAAAGCCUCCAUUUGAUUAAACGGAUCCAGCAUCAAAAUGUGCAGAAAUUUUCCGGAAUUGCGGUUAAUGAUGACAACCACUGCGAAUUCAUAGUGGGGGAAAUGUGUUCCAAAGGGUCGCUGACGUUCCUCUUACAAGAGAAUCAUAUGAAUCUCGACUGGGAAUUUAAAGCUGCCUUGUUUAAAGAUCUAACAGCGGGCAUGAAUUACCUGCAUUCCAGCAGCCUGGUAUCCGUGGGCAAUUUAACCUCGCAUACCUGUCUGGUGGAUAGUAAUUUUGUCCUGAAGAUAUCCGAAUACGGCAUGUACUACUUCCGCCAGGAAGAGGAUCUGGCGCCGGUGACCGAGCACGAUCGGGAGGGCCGCGAUUACGAAACGCUCCUCUGGCGUGCACCAGAACUCAUGCGCCGCCACAUGCCACCGGAAGGGACACCGAAAGGUGAUGUAUAUAGUUAUUCCAUAAUUGUCCAACAAAUAUUGCUCAGAGCACCGCCGUUCCGGAAUGGAUUUCAUGAUCCCGGUUUGACCACGUUGCUGGACAGAGAAAUUAUUAUGGAGAUUAAACGCGGUACCGUGCCUCCCUUGCGACCACGCAUCCCGCUGACAGCCUGUCCGGCGCAUUUCCGUGACCUUUUAGAGCAGUGCUGGGAUGAAAAUCCACUGUUGCGCCCGGCGUUCCAGCGCAUCCGAGAAGUCCUGACCAAACUGCUUGGACGAGCGGGCGAUAAUAUUGUUGAUUACCUGAUCCGCACCAUGGAGAAAUACGCGUCCAAACUGGAGGCGGAGGCCGAGGAAAAAAUGCGUCAGUUUAUGGAAGAGAAACGCCGAUCGGAAGAUAUCCUCAGCCAAAUAUUGCCCAAAUCAAUUGCUGAACGGUUAACCAAAGGUCAAACAGUGAUCCCGGAAACGUACGGCAGCACAACGGUGUAUUUCAGUGAUGUGGACGGUUAUUCAGAGCUGACCACUGAAGCCACCACACCUCUGGAUGUUGUCCAGAUUCUCAACACCUUGUAUACUGUCAGCGACACGAUUAUCGAGAAAUUUGAUGUGUACAAAGUGGAAACGGUUAAAGACUCCUAUUUGGUUAUAAGUGGGCUUCCAGUACGCAACGGCAUAAACCAUGCUUCUGAAGUGUCUUCCUUGGCUCUGACCCUACGCCGUGAAAUAAAUUCCCUAAAAAUAUCGGGUUUAAGUUUUCAGACUAAGCGAAAACUCCUUUUGCGUGUUGGCCUACAUUCAGGUCCCUGUGUAGCGGCAGUGAUCGGAUUAAAAAUGCCAAGAUAUUGCUUAUUCGGAGAUACAGUGAACACCGCCAGCCGAAUGGAGUCCCACGGGGAACCUGGAAAAAUUCAGAUGAGCAUAUCGACAAAAGAGUUACUGGACCAAAUUGGCGGCUACAUUGUGGUAAGCCGGGGCGUCAUUACCGUCAAAGGCAAAGGUCCUAUGGAGACAUUCUGGCUGGCUGGACGCGAUCGGGAAUAAUAUUUGCGAUACGCAUUCGGUUGUCUUUUUUAAAUUGGCCUCAAAUUAAAGGCUAGUUAAAUUUGUUCUUGUUAAAUAUUGCAUUGUUUCUCAGCUCCGUUCCUCUUGAUAUACAUAUUUUUGUCAGAUUGGUAGUUAAUAGUUAUACUGCAUUCUGCCGGCACUGAACGCUGUGAUGCGAAGUUGUAUAAAUUUUUGCUAUGUUUGAAUGGUCAUAUUUAUGAGAAAACAGACAGUUCACACAGAUAGAGAAAUAUUGU